GGGCCACCGCCCCUGGCCGGGCUGCGGGCGCUGCCGCCGCCCCGCCUCAAACGCCACAGCUCCGCCGGGAGGCGCGGAGGCCGUGGCGGGCACCUCCUCCUCCUGGCCGUGGGGCUGCGGAGCCGGCUGGGCGCUCGCAGACACUGCUUUGAGACGAAGACAUCAUGGAUAAAUAUGAAAUCAUUAAAAAAAUUGGAGAAGGAUCAUUUGGCAAAAUAUUCUUGGCAAAAGGAAAAGUGGAUAAUGAGCAGUGUGUUAUCAAAGAGAUCAAUUUAACUAAGAUGCCUGCGGAAGAAAAAGAAGCCUCUCAGAAAGAAGUCAUUCUUCUGGCCAAGAUGAAGCAUGCAAAUAUCGUAACCUUCUAUGCUUCUUUGCAAGAAAAGAACAAGCUAUAUAUUGUGAUGGAGUACUGUGAUGGUGGAGAUUUAAUGAAGCGGAUAAAUAUGCAGCAUGGAGUCCUGUUUGAUGAGGACCAGAUUCUGAGUUGGUUUGUGCAGAUCUCACUGGGCCUGAAACAUAUUCAUGACAAGAAGAUUUUACACAGAGAUGUAAAAGCACAGAACAUUUUUCUUAGCAAUAAUGAAAAGGUAGCAAAGCUCGGGGACUUUGGAAUAGCAAGACAGUUGAACAGCACUAUGGAGUUUGCCCAUACCUGUGUAGGGACCCCCUAUUAUCUGUCACCUGAGAUUUGUGAAAAUCGACCGUAUAACAAUAAAACAGAUAUUUGGUCUCUUGGCUGUGUGCUUUAUGAGCUAUGUGCACUAAAGCAUCCUUUUGAAGGCAAUAGUUUGCACCAACUGGUGCUCAAGAUCUGCAGAGGACAUUUUCACCCAGUGUCUCCCAACUAUUCAUAUGACCUGAGGAUAUUAAUUUCUCAGUUGUUUAAAAUAUCUCCAAGAGAUCGACCAUCUAUCAACUCUGUUCUAAGGAAGCCCUUCUUGCAGAAGCUUGUUCUCAGGUAUUUGCCACCUGAGGAAGAACUCUAUCACACUGUGAUACAUAAAAAAAGUCCUUCAGCAUCACAGCCUGGACACAACCUGAUACAAGUGCAUAAACUUCAAAAAAGGGGAGUCCAAGACCAAGCUUCUCCAGAAUCUGAAGUGGUGAUGCCUGUGAAGAAACAGGAAUUAUUUCAAAGAAAUGAAUGGAAACCUCCUUCAAGAGGGCAACAACCUAUUUUUCAGCCACAGAUCUCCAGACUUAAGAUGGCAGAAAGACCAGAGAGUAUUAGAGUACGUGGCCGUUAUAGUCAUUACUAUGAUCAGCUUGACAACUUGCAGAGGAAAGUUAACAUACAUUAUGACCUUUCUCAUAUCAACCAAAGAGUUGAGGAAUACUACAGACUAAAAGGACAAGUUGCACCUCCACCCCCACCACCUGACUGGACUGCAGAAUAUCUUCAAAGGCGUUUUGAAGCCAAACAGUACAAGAUUAAAGUGGAAAAACAGCUGGGGCUGCGGCCAUCCUCUGCUGAUCCAUAUCCUGACCAAAUGCAGCAGCAGAAAAUGAAGGAAGAGCAUCUCAAAAAUACUCAGCAGGACAUGUCUAGAAAGAAUGAAAUGAAAGAACAGGAGUACCUGAAACAACUGCAGAAAAUUCGAGAAGAAUACCACAGUGAUAUAAAAGAAUUGAGAUUUAGAGCAGGAGUACUCCAGGAGAACCAAAAAAUACAAGACAAAACCUAUCUUGUGAGGCAAGGGAAAGCUGAGGACCAGUCUGAAACCAAGGGUACAGCUGGAACAAGAGAAGAAUCACUUCAGGACAUGGAAGAAAACUUUAAACAAAUGAGACUUCAGGAUAGGCAAGACCAAAAAAUCUUAGAAAAGAAAUAUAACACAAAGGGAGGAGUAAAGUUUGAAAUUAAUUUAGAUGUAUGUGUUCCUGAGGAAGACAGCAUUCAAGAAGCAGAGGUACUAGAUAAACUCAGUGAGACUUUGACUUUAGUGGAUGGUGAGAAUCUUAAGGAGAAAUUGGCAGAAUUUUAUGAAGAUCAUACGGACAGAGCUUUGGAAGAACUGUCUGGAUACCAAACAGAGUCCGAUGACAUAGAUGAUAUGAAAGAAAACAGAAAACAUUGGCAAGCUGAAGCCCCUCAGACACUGCUGAAUAUUUUAGCUGAUGCUGAUGUCACAUCUAGAUGUCCUACUGUGGCUGAAAAUGAACUUGCUGAGUGUGCUGCUCUGCGUGAAGACACCCCAGAAAACAGGAAACAGUGGAAACAAACAACACCAGAGACGCUCCUGAACAUCUUAGCAAAAGCAGAGCUCUCUGAUGACUCCUUCAUCCGGCUUGAAGAAGAAAUAGAAGGGAGAUUAACUAUGUUGCUUCCAAAAGCAAACAAGGAAGACGAUUCAGAAACAUAUUCUGCUGUUGCUGUUGAUGAAAACAGACUUGAGCCGAGAUCAGAUGAUGAAGACACAAAUUUUGAAGAUUCUGAAGAUGAACUCAGACAUGAGCUGGAGGAAUCUCUGGAAAAAGUGGUGACUUCUCCACCAGAGAGAACCAUGGAGUCUCCCAUCCUUUCAAUAAGUAAACGUCAAACAGAUGAAGAAAAGAUGAGUUUACCUAGCAAACUACUUGGAAAACCUGAUGAUGAUUUAGAAAAUAACCAUGAGUCAUUUAGCAUUGACACACGUGAUGAAAAAGGCGAGCAGGAAGCAAGAGCUACGUAGAACACCAGCAGUUACUGUUUCAGAACUUAAUAACUUGCUUGAAAUUUCAGCCACAUCAGUAACAAAAUUUAAGGGUAGCUGACAUUAAAUACCGAGUAAAUCAACUGCUUUUCAACAGUGCUAAACACUCUAUUAAAAUUAAUAGAAGGUUGUUACUAUUUUGUUUAAAAGGAAAAAAAAAAUCAGGCUACUUUUCAGAUGUCUAAAUAUUGAAAAAUACCAAUCAAGACUGAAACGCACUUUCAUCUCUAUUAUUCUAAACUACCUGUGACAUCUCUCCACACGUGGUCGAGCACAUUUCUGAUUGCAUCCUCUCCGUAACUGUUUGUGUAUCAUGUAAAAAUGCCUCCUAGUCAGUCUGUCAUAUUUCCCUAGCUCAAUCGACUUCUUCUUGUAAGCUCUUCAAGUUUUUCUUUAUCUCCAUGUACUGCCAAUACACCUUUAUAACGCAUGGUUUCAUUUACACAGGACUGACCCUACGUAGUAUCACCAACUGCUCAGCACUUUUGUAUAGCGGCAGUAAAAGGGUCUAGUAACACGAUGGGAAAAUGUGCAUUCCUCAGUUUCUAAUAAAACAUGGAAUAGUCGGUUCUACCAAA